CAGCUAGGUGGAGUCUCAUGUUCCUCGAAACACCUAGUAGUGCAGUGUGUGAAGCAAUGGCAGCUAGGGACGCUUACAAUUCAGGCCUUAGUUGUUAAUGUGUCUGUUUCUUGUGCGCUGGAAAUAUCACAGUUCCAAUAGUGGAUGGCAGAGAUAUUAUGUUGCAGCUCUUCAUACAUUUACUGUACGUGACUUAAAAUUGCUGAGUGGCCGUAAAAUUGCUUGCUAUCAGACUACCCCCAGCCACCAGUGUUAAUUAUGAAAAAUUGUGGUGUUAUAAUGUAAAUACGGAGCAUUACAUAAUCUGCAUAUAUUCAUAUGUAGAUCAAAAAUAAAUAAACUACGGGGAUUCAUGUCAGACAAAUGUAAAAUACAUUUCUGGACUCAUAAACAAGUGCAAUGUUAGAAACUUGGCACAAUGGAAACACUCGUAGAAAUACUGUUGCCAAAAAUCUUUGAAGAUGUUUGGAACCUAGAUACCCCAUUGGAACCUGAGGCGGUGAUGUUUACAGACUACCGCUACUACAUUAACACAAUGCAGAUGUGUAAACCUCAGAGGCUUGUCCAAGCGCCACGGAAACCCAGAAAGUCUUGCCGCCUGCAGAAUAACUAUAGCCCACUUAAGAUCGUACGAGCCAGCUACCAGUAUAUGUACGAUGACACUAACCUUGAGUACCUGGACUGUGUCAAUUCUGUGGCGCACGUUGGUCACUGCCACCCAGCAGUGGUUAAGGCUGCCUCAGUAAGUAUGGAGUCAGCAGUUACCAGCUGUGGAUGGGAGAUUGAUUAUGGGGACCUCCAAUAUCCAAAAGAGCUUCAUCAAUUUCUACCAACCUGCUUGAACACUUUUCUCUUUUGUAAUUCAGGAUCGGAGGCAGUGGAUCUUGCUUUGCAGUUGUCACGACUAUAUACCAACGGCACUGAUGCAAUUGUAGUCGACAAUGCUUUCCAUGGGUCUAUUGAUUCUGUCCAUCAGCUCUCUCCUAAGGUUUUCAAAUGUAAUAAUAUAAUUCAACCAGAUUGGGUGCACACGGUUGCAAUGCCUGACCUGUACCGAGGGCCAUAUCAGGAAGAUGAUCCCUUAGCAGUUGAAAAAUAUAUUGCUGAUGCCAGAGAUAUGAUUGAUAAAGCUCGGCAUUAUGGAAGAAAGAUUGCAUGCUUCAUUGCGGAGCCAAUGUUAACAGUACCUGGUUGUAUCAUCCCUCCCAACACCUGGCUGCAGGGUAUGUAUAGGAUGGUGCGGGAAUUUGGUGGUCUUUGCAUAGCUGAUGAGGUACAAACGAGCCUUGGACGUGUUGGUUCACACUUUUGGUCAUUCCAAGCCCAAGGCGUCACCCCAGACAUUCUCAUUAUUGGAAAGUCAGUUGGUAAUGGGUAUCCAAUGGCAUCUGUUGUAACAUCCAGAGAAGUUGCUGCUCUUCUUGGAGAGCGCAUAAAAGAGUACCAGUGCACAAAAAUGAUGAAUGCAGUGGGAUGUGCUGUACUUGAGGUCUUACAGCAAGAACAUCUCAUGGGCUCUGCUUCUGUGGUAGGAUCAGUCCUUAAAGAUGAAUUACUCAAACUUCAGCAGAAGCAUGAGUACAUUGGCCAAGUAAGAGGGAAAGGUCUCAUGUUUGGAAUAGAAAUAGUCUGGAGUAAGCAAAGCAAGAAACCUUCCAAAGAGAUAGCCGAUCACAUUGUAUUUGAAAUGAAAAAGGAGUAUGUCAUAAUGGCUAAUGAAGGAAAUAGUCGAAACAUCCUCUUGCUGAUGCCACCCAUGUGCUUUACACAAGAGAAUGCCCUCCUUCUCGUCAAAAGAUUAGAUAAGGUUCUCUCUGCAAUACCAAGCAAGAGAUUUUCAAGAUCUUCUAACAUAGCACCAUCAGCACCUGUAGGAAUCUGUGAGGGUCGCUUAGGUACCUUUCAGCCUCAAGAGGAUGAUGACGAUGAUGGCACUUCAUCAAUGAGGGACACUGUGGAUCUUGAAUGUGCUCAACAUAGCUACCAAGAUCUUGACUGAAAUUAAUAUUUUUGUAAAAGAAAAGAAAAGGAAAUAAAUAAUAAUCUAAUUUUUCACAAAAUUGUGUAUUUUUUGUGUGUAAAUUUAUCAUUUUAUGCUUAAUUACUAUAAUAUUACUUUGAAGUGAGAUUGAAAAUUCAAAUGUACCUAAGAAUACAGUGAAAGCUUUCAUAAACAUUAAAAGAGAAAGACAUUGCUCUCUCAAGAUACUAAAGUUGAAAAGUGUUACAGGCAGUCCCUGAUUUAUGAACAAACAGUUUACAAAAAAAUAAAGUUACAAAAAAAAAAAAAAAAAAAAAA